GAUUUUUCAAAGGACACUUCUGCAGACCUCAUUUGUGCUUUAGAGCAAAGAAUUAAUCGUAUUUUCGAAAGGCAAAAAGAAUAGGGAGCAUUACUCUUCUUUAAAAUUGCAGUGAAAAAUAUAGUUGUUAGCUGUAAGAGUGCACAAAGUGAUUGAUACAAGGUAGAUUUACCGAUUUGUGAGCAGCGUGGGGAUAGCCAACUGGCCGAGUAUUUUAAAAUAGUUUGUAAUUUUCAACAGGAGUAUAUGCACUCAGUGUAACAGAUUACAAACCUGGCAUUAAUUUCUUACUACAACUAAGGGCAGAAGGUGGAGGGAUGUAAAGUAAACAGAAGAAAUUUCGAGUCAGUGGAUGUCAUUCCACUAGAGAAGUUUUAAGGAGCUAGCUUUAUGUUUAGCCGUCUUUUAACAAUGUUUGUGUAAUCAAUAUUGUGAGUGAAACAAGUGUUUUUCUGCGUAUUAUUAUUGUUAUUAUUAUUACGUUUGGUACUUGGUUAGUUUAGUGUUUCGAUCGGCGUGCACCAUACUGCACGCAAUCCUCCUGCAGCAAUGUGCAACAAAGCACGUCCUAUCCUGGUGGGCAAAGGCUUUUUGUGUGUCUCCGGUGAUCGGCACCUCAAAGUGGAAGAGAUAGCCAAAUGGGACUGGAAAUCCGGAAAAAUUCGAGCUGUCUCGCACAAAGAUAUCUCCGACCAAGACCUCAAGGUAUUUGUUGAGUUUGACAAUGAAGACCUAGAAAAAAGAAGAUGGAUUAAAGUCUAUGAGCCACCAAUGAAGGUUUUUCUUGUGGAACAUACUUUAACAUUAGCAACCAGGAAGCCUUCUGAAAGCUCCAGUGAUGUGCUUUGGCCUGCAGUGUUGUUUAAACCACUUGUGGAUACAAUUGGGCUGGUCUUAAUCCCUGUUGAGUACCUCAUAUUGAAAGACCGAAGUUUUCUUUCACAAGGGACCUUACAGCCACUUCAGGGUUUGGAUUAUUUAGGACUUUGUGUAAAAGGCCUGGAAGACCUUAAAAAGGAGGUUGAAAAUUGGCUAAGAAAACAAACUGCUGUGCAACUUUUGGUGCAAGGUGAGCAGAACUUAACUGGCUUUAAAGUUAGAGUAUAUUCCAUUGAAUCUUCUGACCAGUGGUGUACUGCAACAGUUGUGCACCAAGAUCAGGCAAAUCAGAUUAUGGAAGUCCAGAAUGAACAGCUUGAAAAACUGAAUGUUGACCCAUCCAUGGUUGAAGUGGAAGUAUUAAGCCAGAACUGUGACAGUUAUGGAACCACUGAUAUGAAGAGAAAGAUCCAAGAUACCACUGCUUUCUUACAGGCAAAAAAAGCAAAGUAUACUUCGGAGUUUUCAUUGCAACAAUGCAGAGAUUCAGUUCCCGGACUAAAAUCAAUAUUUGAAGUUUCAUUUAUUGGCCAAGCGUUUAAGCUACCUGAGUCUGGGAAACAGUUGGUGCCAUCAAUUCCUUCUCAUAGUCAAGAUGUAUUACUUGGAAAUGCUGCCUCUGCUCCUACCAGUGUAGGCUUUAGACAGCAGACCACACCCCCUCCAGCACACUCUCCUCCUAGCAUUCACGCAGAUAUACCUCUUGGGAAUACCUUCCUAAAGGAAAGCUGCUUUCUAAAGUCUGUGACUAAGCCAAACACUGACUUGACAACUGCCUGCUUGUUUCGCACUGAGCCAAACAAAACACAGAAUCCAUUUGAAGUGGCAUUUGGAACAUUUUUUGGAUCUUUCAAAGCAGACAAGCCUGACAUUCUGCCACCAUGUAUGGGUAGUUUUUUGGCGGUGCAGCCUAAUCCCACAAAUGAGCCUUCCAGUGAUUUCAGGGCUAAAGCAACCCCAGGCCCUCUACUCUCUGAGGAACUAAAACAAUUACUCACUACAAAUUUUCAAACCACUAAGCAUUCUGGACUUUCUAGCGUACCACUUGUCCCCUCAUUGCGGCCAGCUCAGUUUGAAAUGAAGAACCCUGUAAGUCAAGAGUCAUGGAAUCAAAAAUCAGCACAGAACGUGGCCCAGAUUUGCAUGAUUACUGAUAAGAAAACACAGAUUGCUAACCCUAGCACUUGGAUUUUAAACUCAAUUGCUCCAGUCAAGAAGAACGAGAAGAGUCUUACUUCGGCUGUGGAUGAACAAAAAGUCAGAAGUUUUCCCACACCUGUAUCCACUAGUGUGCCAGUAAAGUCUGUCUUGAAUGAUGAUGUUAAAGUUAAGAGACUUCAGAAGACUGGAGAAAGUUUUCUGCAGGAUGGGCCAUGCAUUUCUGUUGCGCCUCAUCUUCACAAGUGUCGAGAAUGCCGUGUAUCUAACUCCCGGAGAAGAAGUGAUGACUCUGAAGUGUUUUGCCGGUUUUUCCAUUUUCGAAAACUUCAGUUUGCCAAAUCCGGCAUUCUGCGUGAAGAAGGAUUCCUUACACCAGACAAAUAUGAUUCCGAGGCACUUAAACUCUGGUUGCCUAUAGCUCGUCAAGUUAAAGGUCUGGAUCUGGACACUGCAAAAUAUAUUUUGGCUAACAUUGGGGAUCAUUUCUGUCAGUUGGUCAUGCAAGAGAAAGAUGUUAUAGCAUCAAUAGAGCCACAUAAAGAAAUUGCAUGGAAACGUGCUGUGAAAGGUGUCCGUGAUAUGUGUGAUGUAUGCGAAACAACUCUUUUCAAUAUCCAUUGGGUUUGUCCAAAGUGUGGCUUUGGUGUGUGCCUUGAUUGCUAUAGGAUAAAGAAGAGCAGAAAAAAUGAUGGUAAAAGGACAGAUGUGUUCUCAUGGAUGAAAUGUAUGAAAGGCCAGCAGCAUGAAGCAGAAAACCUCAUGCCAACGCAAAUUAUUCCUGGAACAGCACUGUAUGAUAUUGGGGACAUUGUUCACUCUGUAAGAGGAAGAUGGGGAAUAAAAGCCAACUGCCCAUGUGCAAACAGACACAAGCUGAGUCAAAAGCCAACUGUGAAAGAAGAGAAGCAAAUGAAUUUACCAGUAACUCCAGUGUCUUCUUCAUUGGCAACUCGGCUACACAAUCUAACUGAUGCUCUUACAAUGCCUUCUACAAGCUACGCAUGUACAGAUGCUUCUGCCACAUUCAAAAGCACUGCUGUCCAGAACCUAAAUCCUUUCAGCUGGAUAAAUGAAAUUGCAAGUCAGAAUUUAAACAAAGAAAAUAAAGAAAAAGCACUUCAGUUACCUGCUGUUCCAAGUGAGCUAAGAAAAAACAGCUUACUCUCUGCUUUCACCACUCCACUUAUCAAGUCUUCAUCAACACUCCAGACUUUCAACUCUUCUAUUUUGACACCGGUUACAAAUAACUCUGGCAGUCUAAGAAGCCUAUUGAAUGGAGAAAAGAGUAACAGUGGUUCUAAAAGUACACCAAAGGUUCUAGAUGACAUCUUUGCUUCUAUAGUCCAAAGCAAAGCGAUCACUGAAGCCAACAAAAAAAAAGAGUCGACCGAAGCUCCAAAGCCAGUCAUUCUGAAUCCCAUUGUGGUGAGUGCAGAGGUACCCCACAUUUGGCUCUGUGAUGGUCGCCUACUUUGCCUGCAGGACCCUACUCACAAAAAUAACUGGAACAUUUUCCGAGAAUGCUGGAAACAAGGACAGCCUGUUAUUGUAUCUGGCAUGCACCAUAUAUUAAAUGAAGAAAUAUGGAAGCCAGAAACUUUCUACCAUGAAUUUGGAGAACAGGAGGCAGAGCUUGUCAACUGUCGAACUAGUUCAGUUAUUGCUGGAGCAACAGUGGGAGACUUCUGGCAUGGCUUUGAAGAUUUAUCAAAGCGUCUUAAGUCAAGGGAUGGUGAAGCUAUGGUUUUAAAAUUGAAAGAUUGGCCUCCAGGGGAUGAUUUUAAAGAUAUGAUGCCCUCUCGUUUUGAGGAUCUUAUGAGCAAAAUACCCCUACCAGAAUAUACCAGAAGAGAUGGGAAGUUGAACUUGGCAUCUAGGCUUCCUGAAUAUUUUGUUCGCCCUGAUUUGGGCCCAAAGAUGUACAAUGCAUAUGGUUUAAUAACUGACGAAGACAGAAAAUACGGCACAACAAACCUUCAUCUGGAUGUGUCUGAUGCAGCUAACAUCAUGGUCUAUGUGGGAAUCCCAAAAGGAGAAAUUAAUCAUGAAAAAGAGGUUUUACAAACCAUAAAAGAUGGUGAUGUUGAUGAUCUGACCUUAAAGCGCUAUAUAGAAGGGAAAGAGAAGCCUGGAGCCCUAUGGCACAUAUAUGCUGCAAGAGAUACAGACAAAAUUCGACAACUUCUCAUAAAGGUUGCAGAGGAGCAAGGUCAAGAGAACCCCCCAGAUCAUGAUCCAAUUCAUGAUCAAAGCUGGUAUCUUGACAGACCCCUACGAAAACGACUCUUUCAAGAAUAUGGUGUACAGGGCUGGGCUAUUGUGCAGUUUCUAGGUGAUGUUGUCUUUAUACCAGCUGGAGCUGCUCAUCAGGUGCAUAACUUGUACAGUUGCAUCAAAGUUGCUGAAGAUUUUGUAUCGCCAGAGCAUGUAAAACACUGCUUCCGUCUUACUCAGGAAUUUAGAUACCUCUCUAAUACUCACACCAACCAUGAAGAUAAACUUCAGGUGAAAAAUGUUAUCUAUCAUGCUGUGAAGGAUGCUGUGGGAAUUUUAAAAGCACACGAGUCAAGCAUGAGCAAAACCUGAAAGGGCAUCCAAUACAAUGGGAGCGAAUUGCAUUCGACUGUAUAUUGCACUGUACUUGAGGCAGCUACUAUGAUUCUUCUCUGCAUCUUGACCACUACUGGAGUUGCAUUUUUGUGUGUUUUUUGGAAGAAAACCGUAGCAGGAUUAGAUAUUUUUUUCUGGAAAUAUCCUGUUAAGUGUUUUUUGCAAAAGGUUUCUGGAUUGGGACUCUGCAGACAGUCUGUCUUUUUUCUUUUUUUUUUUUUCUUUUUUCCCCUUUCUUUAUCAGGUAUAUUUUAAGCUGACUUUUAUGCGAUCUUCAUUCCUCUGAAGCCGUAUAUGUGUGUUUUACAUUGGCCUGUCCAUUCCAGUCUUGUUGAGAUGUCCUGUACUCGACAUUCUAUGCAUUAUUCCAGAUUCUCUCAACUUCUGAGAAUUGAGCAGCCCGUGUUUGUUUGUUUUGGGAAAGCCCUUUCAAAUUUUGAGUUUAGAAAUGUGGUUUGUUUCCUGCUGGCUCAUAUUUGAGAUUGGAAUCUUUUUAUUGACUAUGUAGUCAAAAGUUCUUAAUUUGUUUUUAGAUUUUUUUUUUGUUAAUAGUGACCUAAACAUAAUGGGGAAGGGCAGGGUUUAGACUGAACUACUGGUUUUUUGUUUUUUUUUUAAACAGAUGAACACAUUACAGUAUUUAAAGCAUGUUGAAGACUUGUAAAAGUUAUACAGCCUGUAAAUAUAUUUAUGGUAGAUAAUUGUAAUAAAUGUGGUUCUUUUUCCA